GCAUCAUCUCUCUAAUCAUACGGAAAGCAGGAGAGCCCGAAGACAGUGAGACGUCUCUCUCUCUCUCUAAUCAUAAGCUAAUCAGGACAGCCCGAAAACAGUGAUAGCUCGCUCUCUCUCUCUCUCGUGCGAGGGUGAUUCGUCUCUUCGUCAUAACCAGCGCUUCCGGAGCCGACACUUGCAACGGUAUCCUGUGGCGAUCGGGCUGUCUUCUCAUGAGCCACUUUGCGAACGGGAGGAGAGGAGGAGGAGGCUUGGAUCUGGAGCUCCGCCGCACCCGCCGGAAAUGAUGAGGCCAUCCAUGAAGCACCGAAGGAGAGCCGGCGGAGGGCGGUCUUGGGCGAGGGGCUCCUCCGCGUCGCCCUCGUGGUUCCUCCUGUUCGCCUUCCUCUGCUGCGCCCUCUUCGCCGCUGUCGCCUUCUCCACCUUCCGAAUCUUCGGAGUGUCAUUCCGCCCGGUGCUGAUGCUCCCAACAUGGCAGAACUCGGCCAUCAAUGCCAUGGCCACCGACCACCCCUUCUUCACCUUCGCCGCCACCAAGAAUCGCAGUGACAACCCUCCUUCCGUCCGUAUCGAAGAAGUCAUCUCCUUCCCGGAUCAAGUCCUCCUCUUCCUCCAAUUUCCCGGCUCCCUCCCUAGAUCGGACCUUGCUUGCCUGUACUAUCCCCCAAGCAAUCCCACCACCACCAUAUCCUCCUCCUCCUCCUCCUCCUCCUCUUCCCCUGUUGCCCAAUUCCAUCUCCCCGCCACCAUCCCGUCUCCCCUGCCUUCUUUCGUCCGCUGCCCCCUUGCGCCCCGUGGCUUCUUCGUUUCCCUAUCCCCUGACCUCCCCCUGUUCCAACCACGGCCAUGGGACCAUCUCGUCUACGCCGCCAUUCUCGAUCCUCAUGACAACUCCUCCAUUGUCUUUGCCAAAGGCUUCAACCUCCGUCCCGCCCGCCUCGCCGACCCCUCUCGCUAUGAGUGUGUAUACGGCUGGAACUUCGCGAAGCCCAACUACUUCAUGACCUCUCCUGUCCUCACAGCAGCCCAGGAAAUCAUCCGUUGCCCCACCCCACACAGCAUCCUCCUCCGCCUCCGCAGCCAUGCCGUCCUGAAUCCUCCCUUGGUAUCGGUCAAGACCAAGGGCCGCGGUGCCGUCACCCUCCCCUCUGUUGCCCACCAUGAGAUCCUCUCGCCGAGCAGAAGGCAGGGCCGGCACACCAUGUGCGUGUGCACGAUGGUGCGCAACCAAGCCAGGUUCCUCCCGGAGUGGAUCAUUUACCACUCACGCCUCGGCGUCGAACGGUGGUUCAUCUACGAUAACGACAGCGAUGAUGACACAGAGCAGGUGCUCGAGUCCAUGGACGCGUCUUCCGAUUACAAUGUCACCCGCCAUUUGUGGCCCUGGGUAAAGACUCAGGAAGCAGGCUUUGCACACUGUGCUCUUCGUGCCAGAGGUCACUGCCGGUGGGUCGGAUUCAUCGACGUAGAUGAAUUCUUGUACCUUCCUACGAACGUCACACUGCAUGAUGUUCUUCGGAACUACUCGAGAAAGCCUCGGAUCGGAGAGCUCCGGAUAGCAUGCCACAGUUUUGGACCUUCAGGGAGAAGAACUGUGCCAUCGGAAGGCGUCAUGGCGGGCUACACAUGUAGGCUGAGUGCGCCUGAGCGGCACAAGUCGAUUGUUCGUCCGGAGGUACUGAAUCCUUCUCUGAUCAAUGUUGUGCACCAUUUCCAUUUGAAAGAUGGGAUGAGAUACGUGAACAUGGAGAAGGGACUUAUAGUGAUCAACCACUAUAAGUACCAAGUGUGGCAAGUGUUCAAGGAGAAGUUUUAUCGGAGGGUGGCCACCUACGUUGUGGAUUGGCAGAUCGAGGAGAAUGUGGGAUCGAAGGACCGGGCACCGGGUUUGGGAACAAAGGCAGUAGAGCCAUCGGAUUGGCCAAGCAGAUUUUGUGAGGUUCAUGACACAGGACUCAAGGAUUGGGUUUCUGUGGCUUUCGCCAAUCCACGAACUGGCCUUCUCCCAUGGCAGAAGGGGGAAGAAUUUGAUUUGAUUCAUCACUUUGAUACAUAGAAGGUAGAUGAUGAGAAACAAGGGGGAAAAGAGGGUUUUGGCCAAUUGUCGAAGGUCGAUGAGUCUUCUCCCAUGGCAGAAGGGGGAAGAAUUUGAUUUGAUUCUUCGCUUUGAUACAGAGAAGGUAGAUGAUGAGAAACAAGGGGGAAAAGAGGCUUUUGGCAAAAUUGUUGAAGAUGGAGACAAUACAGCGCCUUGCAAUGAUACAAGGGAUGAAUCGAAUGGAAGCUUAGCGGCACUAAAUAUGGAUACAAGGGCAGUAUCCUCCCUGACAAGUAAAGAUGUUUGAAGAGAAGUGCAGGGAGUGACUAUGAAAAAAGGUAUUCAUCAAUUGAGUAAUCCACCGGGUCAUAUAAGUACUCACCACUGGGUUCAGAAUCCUCGCACAAGUUAAUACGUUGGACUUCAGAAAUCGGCACUGAAUCAAUGUACUGAUAUAUUUCUGUGCCAGUACAACUCACAUUCUCCAAGUAGCUGAGCUUCUGAACAGAAUACAGAUGUAAAUCCUCAAGCAUAGAAUCCGAGUCGCUCUUACUUUUAAGACUGACCUCAUAUGUUAGAGGAAAACACCCUUGGUUGCAUGUCUCAGCAAGAUACCGAGUCAAUCGUGCAUGCCAUUGGAGGCAUAGCAGGCUGGAGAGGUUUCAUUUCAUAGAGAUCUUUCAUAUCCUUACCAUUUGUGCAAGUGGCUGAUGUGACUAAGGGUUGUGAAGACGAAAAAUGAUCAAAACAGGGUUCAUGAUCUCGAUCAGGAUUUGCCAAACAUGAGUAGCCUUCCAAUACGCUGUAGUUUUCUUGUUCUGGAUACUGCAUGAGCUGCAUCACUGGCCUUUCAUCAUGCAAAGGCUUGCAUGCCUUCUCCCUAAUGCUUGGCAGCAUGCCCUUGAAAGAAAGAAAUAGACCUAACUGAGCAUCAUUCACUAAAGCUUUCUUACUUGCUAUUACUUGCGCAGGUGCCACUCUGUUCAUUUCACUCACAUGAGCUGCAUUGGCAACAAUCCCAUGAGUCUGGAAAUUCUCAGUUGUGCAUGCAUAUUUGCAUUUACAAACUUCUGAUGAAGAUCCACCGACCAAACCACUCUUGCCUUCUUUACUGUGGAAGGAUCAUUGAGCUCUUGGUCAACAAACUCUUUGUUGUCAACAUCCUUCCGUUUCCUCAUGGAGCUCAUCUCAGUUUCAUCUAUCAGAUGUCUGUCUUCAAUAUCUUCAGAUCCAUUUCUUAAGAUGUUGAUGACCUCAUCGAUACUGUGAGUUUCUACUUCUUUCAACUCCUGCAUUUUCUUUCUGUAAACAUGCUGCCAUAUAUUCCUUAGCUCCUUCAUUCUCA